AUGCGCAUGAUCCCCUCGCUGUGUGCGGCAGCACUGCUCUUCCAGAGCGCGCUGGCCGUGACCAUCCCCGAGAUCAACGGCGACCGAUACGUUUCUUCCUACAAAGGAAAAAGUGUCUCCGGUGUCACGGGCCUUGUCACAGCUAAAGGUUCCAGCGGGUUCUACAUUCGCGCCACGGAUGCCGAUUCAGACUCCCGGACCUCCAACUCUAUCUAUGUGUAUGGUAGCAUUGGAGUGUCGAAAGUCACGGUCGGCGACAUUGUCACCCUGAGUGGAAAGGUCGCGGAGUACCGAUCCUCGUCCAGCUACGUCUAUACCACUGAGAUCGAGUCUCCAUCUGACAUCGAGGUGUUGUCCAGCGAUAAUACCGUCACUUCCAUCGUCAUCGGAAAGGAUGGCUUGGAUCCUCCCACUGAGCAGUACUCUUCCCUGGACAAUGGCGAUGUCUUCAGCCUACCCGGCGGUUCUAGUCGGCUUUCCACUAAGAAUCCUGUUUUGGACCCGACCGAGUAUGGCAUGGACUUCUGGCAGAGCCUGAGUGGUGAACUCGCUACUUUGACUGGACUCACAGCCAUCAGCAAGGCCAAUUCUUAUGGCGAUACCUGGGUAAUUGGGGACUGGCCAGUGACGGGCAAGAAUGACCGGGGCGGGCUGACCAUGCGUGCAAAUGACUCCAACCCGGAAUCCAUCGUCAUCGGAUCUCCAUUGGAUGGGACCAAGAAUCCAACUGAUACCAAACUGGGAGACACCCUCGAGGACAUAACUGGAAUCAUCACGCAGGCGUAUGGCUUCUACGCACUCCUGCCUCUGACUGCCUUGGAGAAGACCGGGUCCAACACUACAGAAGCCACGGCAACGACACUCAAGGCGGAUGGAACCUGCAGCUCCAUCACUGUCGGAGAUUACAAUGUGGAUAAUUUCUCUCCGGACUCGACCACCAUGAGUGGGAUCGGGGGGCAUAUCGCCAAGUAUCUGAACAGUCCAACCGUACUGUUUCUACAAGAGAUCCAGGACAACAGCGGAGCAACUGAUGAUGGCGGUAAUCUCAACCCUCUCCACUGCCAUCAUGAUAAGAUCAUGUCACUGACAUUUAUGACACCAGUCGUCUCCGCCAGCCUGACACUGUCCAAGCUCGCUAGUGCGAUCGAAGAGCACGACGGAGUCGCGUACAACUACACUGACAUCGAUCCGGAGAAUGACACGAGCGGCGGAGAACGCGGCGGUAAUAUCCGGCCAGCGUACCUCUAUGACCCAUCGGUGGUACGACUGCGAAACCACAAUCCCGGAUCCAGCAGGGACUCCACCUCCGUCCUCUCCGACGGCAAUCUAAGCUACAACCCAGGUCUGAUUGAUCCCUCCAACGAGGCCUGGGAUGACAGUCGCAAGCCAUUGGUAGCCCAAUGGGAGACACUGGACGGCAAGAACACCUUCUAUACGAUCAACGUGCACUUCACCUCCAAAUAUGACAGCACUUCGCUGGAGGGCGAUCCGCGACCCCCCGUCAACGGAUGGGUGGAGAACCGCGUGGACCAGGCUAAAGUGGUUGCUAAAUUUGUUACCUCCAUACUGGAGGUCAAUUCCGAUGCGAAAAUUAUCACCGCCGGUGACUUUAACGAGUAUGCGUUUGUCGAGCCUCUGGAGGUGUUUGUCUCCGAGUCCAAGCUGCAGGACCUGGAGGACUUUACUGGCAUCCCAGCGACCGAGAGGUAUACCUAUCUGUAUAACCAGAACUGCGAAUCAUUAGACCACAUGUAUGUGAGUUCCGCGUUGACGUCUGGGGCCAAAAUGGAGCACAUUCAUGUCAACACGUGGGUGUCGACAGACGAUGAGUUAUCGGAUCACGAUCCUACCGUUGCUCUGUUCAACAUGUGCGAGUAA